AUGGGCGGCGGCGAAGGCGGGGAGGGGGCGCGGGCGCUGGACCAGACGCCGACGUGGGCCGUGGUCGCCGUCUGCGCCGUCAUCGUCGCCGUCUCCAUCCUCCUCGAGGGCAUCCUCCACCACCUCGGCCAGUGGUUCAGCAAGAGGAAGAAGAAGGCGCUGUUCGACGCUCUGGAGAAGGUUAAAUCCGAGCUCAUGACUCUGGGCUUCAUCUCGCUGCUGCUGACUGUCACGGCGAGGUACAUAUCGCGCAUCUGCAUCCCGGCGGGGGCCGCCGACACCAUGCUGCCCUGCAAGCUCUCCAGGAGCUCGGAGCACGGAGAGGGCCACGGCCGACGGCACCUGUCUGAAGAGCCGGCCUACUUCUCAUGCCCCAAAGGUAUGGUGUCACUCGUUUCAACCGAUGGGCUACACCAGCUACAUAUCUUCGUGUUCUUCCUGGCCGUCUUCCAUGUAACGUUCAGUGCUAUUACAAUGUCCCUGGGCAGAGCAAAGACGCGGAUAUGGAAGGAGUGGGAAAAGGAUACUUCCUCCAUCACCUAUGAAUUUUCAGCCGAUCCAUCGAAAUUCCGGCUCACUCACCAGACUUCUUUUGUGAGGCAGCACGCAAGCUGUUGGAGCAAAAGCACGAUUAUGCUCUAUGUCGUGAGCUUCUUUAGGCAGUUUUUCAGAUCUGUUCGGAGGACAGACUACCUGACUUUGCGGCACGGAUUCAUUGCUGCUCAUUUAUCCCCAGGGACUAGGUUCAACUUCCAAAAGUACAUCAAGAGAUCUUUGCAGGAUGAUUUCAAGACAGUUGUUGGCAUUAGUCCACCUCUAUGGGCUUCUGCUCUGGCUGUCAUGCUCUUCAAUGUUCAUGGAUGGCAUAACUUGUUCUGGUUCUCCACAAUUCCCCUUAUAGUGAUUUUAGCUGUUGGAACAAAGCUGCAGGCUAUUAUUGCAAGGAUGGCUGUUGAAAUUACAGAAAAACACACAGUUAUUCAAGGAAUGCCAGUGGUGAAACUCAGUGAUGAACAUUUCUGGUUCGGAAAGCCUCAUAUGGUUCUUCACCUUAUCCAUUUUGCAUUAUUCCAGAAUGCAUUUGAGAUUACUUAUUUCUUUUGGAUUUGGUAUGAAUUCGGCUUGAGGUCCUGUUUCCAUGACAACUUUGAGUUUAUCAUUGCAAGGAUCUGCCUUGGGGGUGUCGUCCAAUUUGUGUGCAGCUAUAUCACGCUUCCGCUCCAUGCCCUUGUAUCUCAGAUGGGAUCUUCGAUGAAGCGAACCAUCUUCGACGAGCAGACGUCGAAGGCCCUGAAGAAGUGGCACAAGACGGUGAAGAAGAAGCAGCAGCAGCAACAGCAGCAGAAGGGAUCAUCGCAUGCCUCCUCAGAGACGCCAACCACGGACACGCCCGAGGCAGGCCGGCUUAGCCAGUGCCAGUUCGUCGCCGAGGCGGCGCCGGUGGCGAACCGGCACCUCCACCGCUACAAGACCAUAGCGCACGUCGGCGCCACCAGGGCGCUCUCUGACUCGGACUGCUCAGACACCGAUGCCGAGGCGCAGACGAGGUACCUGAUCCCGCCCACGAAGCAGAGGAGCCUGGACUCAGAGGUCCGUGUGGACGUGGACGCCGCGACGCCGGAUCACCGUGAUAGUUUCUCCUUUCAGAGGCCGCCGCCUGCUCAGAAUGCGAUGGAGAAAUGA